AUGGCUGUGGCCUCCGCUGCCCCAGGGAGCAUCUUCUGGAAGCAGCUCCUUUUCUCUGUCUUGGUUCUAAUAUUAUUUUGCCAUGCGUGUCAGAAAAUUUCUCUUCAAGUUCCUUCUCAUCUUCAGGCUGAAACACUUGUAGGCAAAGUGAAUCUGGAGGAGUGUCUCAAGUCGGCCAGCCUAAUCCUGUCCAGUGACCCUGCCUUCCGAAUUCUAGAAGAUGGCUCAAUUUACACAACACAUGACCUCAUUUUGUCUUCUGAAAGGAAGAGUUUUUCCAUUUUUCUCUCAGACAGCCAGAGACAGGAACAAAAAGAGAUAGAAGUUGUACUGUCAGCAAGAGGAAACACGGCUCGUAAGAAGAGACACACCAAAGACACAGUCCUUAAGCGCAGCAAGAGACGAUGGGCCCCUAUCCCGUGUUCACUGAUGGAGAACUCAUUAGGUCCAUUUCCACAACACAUUCAACAGAUCCAAUCUGAUGCUGCACAGAAUUACACCAUCUUUUAUUCCAUAAGUGGGCCAGGAGUGGACAAAGAGCCCUUCAAUUUGUUCUACAUAGAGAAAGACACUGGGGAUAUCUUUUGUACACGAAGCAUUGACCGUGAGCAAUAUGAACAGUUUUCGCUAUACGGUUAUGCAACGACCACAGAUGGCUACGCACCAGAGUAUCCGCUUCCCUUGGUGAUCAAGAUUGAAGACGAUAAUGAUAAUGCCCCAUAUUUUGAAAACAAAGUGACUACCUUCAGUGUGCCUGAAAAUUGCCGAUCUGGAACUUCAGUGGGACAAGUGACUGCUGUAGACCAUGAUGAACCUGGCACUCUACAUACUCGUCUGAAAUAUAAAAUCUUACAACAAAUCCCUGAUCAACCAAAGCAUUUCUCCAUACAUCCAGACACAGGUGUCAUCACCACAUCUACACCUUUUCUGGAUAGAGAAAAAUGUGAUACUUACCAGUUAAUAAUGGAAGUGCGAGACAUGGGGGGCCAACCUUUUGGUUUAUUUAACACAGGCACAAUUACUAUUUCGCUUGAGGAUGAAAAUGACAAUUCACCAUAUUUCACAGAAACUUCUUAUUUUGCAGAAGUAGAAGAAAACAGGAUUGAUGUUGAGAUUUUACGAAUGAAGGUACAUGACCAGGAUUUACCAAACACUGCUUACUCAAAGGCUGUGUACACAAUCCUACAAGGAAAUGAAAAUGGAAACUUCGAAAUUAGCACGGAUCCCAAUACAAAUGAAGGAGUCUUGUGUGUUGUCAAGCCAUUGAACUAUGAACUCAGCCGCCAAGUUGUUUUGCAAAUUGGUGUUCUUAAUGAAGCACAAUUCUCUAAAGCAGCAAACUCACAAACUCCUACCAUGUGCACUGCAACUGUCACUGUUAAAGUUAAAGACAGUGAUGAGGGUCCUGAAUGCCAGCCACCAGUGAAAGUCAUUCAGAGUAAAGAUGGCCUCCCAGCUGGCCAAGAGCUCCUUGGAUACAAAGCAUCGGACCCAGAAACACGAAAUGGCGAAGGCUUAAAGUAUCAGAAGUUAGGAGAUGAAGAUAACUGGUUUGAAAUUAAUGAACACACUGGUGACCUGAGAACUCUGAAAAUACUAGAUAGAGAAUCAAAAUUUGUGAAAAACAACCAAUACAAUAUUUCAGUAGUUGCAACGGAUACAGUUGGCCGAUCUUGCACUGGAACUUUAGUAGUUCUUCUGGAGGACGAUAAUGAUCACACACCGCAAAUUGACAAAGAAGUGACCAUUUGUCAGCAUAAUACGGAUUUUGCUGUUCUGAAACCUGUAGAUCUGGAUGGGCCUGACAAUGGUCCACCUUUUCAAUUCUUUCUGGAUAAUUCUGCCAAAAAAUUUUGGACUCUAGAAACCAAGGAGGAUGGUAAAACUGCUGUUCUUCGUCAACAGCAUAAUCUUGAUUAUAAUUAUUAUUCUGUGCCUAUCCAAAUAAAUGACAGGCAUGGCUUUGGUAAAAAACAUGUGUUAUCAGUAAGGGUGUGUGACUGUACAACUCCAUCUGAUUGUAGAAUGAGUAUUAAAGGCGAGAGAGAUGUUAAACCAUCAAAUGUAAUACUUGGGAGAUGGGCUAUUCUUGCCAUGGUCUUGGGUUCUGCAUUGUUGUUAUGUAUUUUGUUUACAUGUUUCUGUGUUACUGCUAAGAGAACAGUAAAGAAAUGUUUUCCAGAAGAUGUAGCCCAGCAAAAUUUAAUUGUAUCAAAUACUGAAGGACCUGGAGAAGAAGUGAUGGAAGCAAAUAUUAGACUCCCCACACAGACAUCCAACAUUUGUGACACAAGCAUGUCUGUUGGUACUCUUGGUGGCCAAGGAAUCAAAACACAGCAAAGUUUUGAGAUGGUCAAAGGAGGCUACACUUUGGAUUCCAGCAAAGGAGGUGGACACCAGACCUUAGAAUCCGGCAAGGGGAUAGGGCAGGGAGUAACAGAUACUGGCAGAUAUGCAUACACCGACUGGCAGAGUUUCACACAGCCUCGGCUUGGCGAAAAGGUGUAUCUGUGUGGACAAGAUGAGGAGCAUAAACAUUCUGAAGACUACGUUCGUUCCUAUCACUAUGAAGGCAAAGGGUCUGUGGCCGGCUCGGUAGGCUGCUGCAGUGAUCGGCAGGAGGAAGAGGGGCUGGAGUUUCUAGAUCAUCUGGAACCCAAAUUUAGGACAUUAGCAAAGACAUGUGUAAAGACGUAAAUGUGCCUUUUAAUAGAGUAACAUCUACAAAUGCAUAUGUAGGAGUUUAUUGAAUGUAAAAUGAUAGCAGUAUCUGCUAAUGUUUUUGUUUAUUGGAGCUAAACUUCAAGUCAUGUAUAGGUAAGGGUAUUAUAAAUAUGAGGCUCCCCUAAAUUCUCCUUCUCUGACUUAACUUACAUGUUCUCUGAAAAUAAAGGUUUUCCUUUUCUGUGCAUGUAAAUUUUGCCCUUUUCAAGACUGUACUGUAUGCUUUCUUGAACCUUCAAUUUGUGUUUGAAAACUUGUGUUACUUUGUGUGCAAUGCAAAAGUAUGUGGGAGACUUGGGUAU